CAAUCCCGCCAGAAAAGAAAGCACUCAGGGGAGCGCGUGCUCCACUUCUCGCCACUUUUGCCCACCAAACGCGGCUCAACCGCCGCCGCCGCCGCCGCCGCCGCCGCCGCCGCCGGGGCCUUCUUCACCUCCCCCGCGGGCUCCGGUCUCUCCUCCCAGUUCCCACACCAGCGAGCUCGGCCUUCAUUCCUGCUCUGCUCAGGUUCUGUGGCUUUCUAUGUGUGCCUUCUUCACUCAACAAUAGUCUGAAAUCCGUGCCCCAAAAACCCAUGAAGAAAAUCACAAUGUUCUUGCAUCACGCAAACAUCCAGUAGCAAGUUGACGCAGCGGAGUCACCAAAAUUCUUGAUUCUGGUAUACACCAACCACCGCAAAAUCCAAAAUGGCGUCCCCAACCCUACCAGUUACCCUCACAUGCCUAACACUCUUAGCUCUCUUGUCUCUUGCCAUGGCGGCCGAUAACAACAACUCCACUGGCCUCAUCCUCGUAAAUUGCGGAGCAUCAGGCCAAGAAGACGAUGAUAGUGGCCGGACUUGGGGCGAAGACACUGGCUCCAAGUUCGCGCCGUCAUUGAAAGGAGUUGCAGCCAAUGCUCAACGCCAAGACUCUUCGCUCCCCUCCACGGUCCCUUUUAUGACUGCACGCAUCUUCACUUCAAACUACACAUAUUCCUUCCCUGUCACCCCAGGCCGCAUGUUCCUACGCCUCUACUUCUAUCCGACUGAUUAUCCAAACUUUGCCGCCUCAGAUUCCUCCUUCAGUGUCAGUGUCUCGACGCCGAAUCUUGUCCUCUUGGACGGCUUCAAUGCUUCGCAGACAGUUCAGGCGAUCAGUUCUGCCUUUCUGGUGCGUGAGUUCUCGGUGAAUGUUUCUUCAGGCAGCACCUUGGACCUCACCUUCGCCCCAUCAGCACAUCAGAAUGGUUCCUAUGCAUUUGUGAAUGGCAUUGAGAUUGUUCCCACGCCUGACAUCUUCACAGCACCUGACACCAGAACUGUCGGUGAUGACACAUCUCCAUACACAUUCGACACCGCCAUGGCCGUCCAGACUAUGUACCGGCUCAAUGUCGGGGGCCAAGCCAUUUCCCCGAAAGGCGACUCGGGCUUUUACCGCUCAUGGACCAAUGACGCCCCAUACAUAGCUGGUGGCUCUGGCGUAACCUUCUCCAAAGAUGAUAAUUUGACCAUCACUUAUACAUCCAAAGUGCCCAAGUACACAGCACCGGCUGAUGUCUAUGGCUCAGCUCGGUCGAUGGGGACAACUGCACAGGUCAACCUGAACUACAACCUUACAUGGAUUUUACCGGUUGAUGCGGGGUUCAGCUACCUCCUAAGGUUCCAUUUCUGUGAGAUUCAGUAUCCCAUCACCAAGAUCAAUCAGAGGUCCUUCUUCAUCUACAUCAACAACCAGACAGCACAGGAGCAAAUGGAUGUCAUCGUCUGGAGCGGCGGGAUCGGUAGAACGACAUACACAGACUAUGUUACCAUGGCUGUUGGUGCCGGUCAGGUGGACAUGUGGAUUGCACUUCACCCUGAUCUUUCAAGUAAACCAGAGUAUUUUGAUGCAAUACUGAAUGGUCUCGAGGUCUUCAAGCUACAGAAUAACGGAUCACCGAACAAUCUUUCUGGACUCAAUCCUCCACUUCCGCAAAGGCCACCUGAUGCCAUUCCCAGCGCGCCGUCUGCCGGAGGGAAAUCUGUCGGGGCUAUCGUAGGUGCAGCUGUUGGUGGUUUCGCAGUGCUACUGGUAGCAUGUUUUGGCGUUUGCAUCAUCUGCAAACGGAAGAACAACAAGAAGAAGAAGAUAUCCAAGGAACCUGGUGGUAAAUCUGAAGAUGGUCACUGGACUCCUCUCACUGAGUACAGCGGAUCACGAUCUACUAUGUCGGGAAACACGGCCACCACCGGGUCGACCCUGCCGUCCAAUCUCUGCCGCCACUUCACCUUCGCCGAGCUUCAGACCGCCACCAAAAAUUUUGACCAGGCCUUCCUGCUCGGCAAAGGCGGGUUCGGGAACGUGUACCUCGGGGAGGUCGACAGUGGCACCAAGGUGGCGAUCAAGCGCUGCAACCCGAUGUCCGAGCAGGGCGUCCACGAGUUCCAGACGGAGAUCGAGAUGCUGUCCAAGCUCCGGCACCGCCACCUGGUGUCUCUCAUCGGCUACUGCGAGGACAAGAGCGAGAUGAUCCUGGUGUACGACUACAUGGCCCAUGGCACCCUCCGGGAGCACCUCUACAGCACCAAGAACCCGCCGCUCUCGUGGAAGAAGCGGCUCGAGAUCUGCAUCGGCGCCGCCCGGGGGCUCUACUACCUGCACACCGGCGUGAAGCACACCAUCAUCCACCGCGACGUCAAGACCACCAACAUCCUGCUCGACGACAAGUGGGUCGCCAAGGUCUCCGACUUCGGGCUGUCCAAGACGGGCCCCAACAUGGACGCCACCCACGUGAGCACCGUCGUCAAGGGCAGCUUCGGGUACCUCGACCCGGAGUACUUCCGCCGGCAGCAGCUCUCGGAGAAGUCCGACGUCUACUCCUUCGGCGUGGUGCUGUUCGAGGUGCUCUGCGCGCGGCCGGCCCUGAGCCCGUCGCUGCCCAAGGAGCAGAUCAGCCUCGCCGACUGGGCGCUGCGGUGCCAGAAGCAAGGCGUGCUCGGCCAGAUCAUCGACCCGAUGCUCCAGGGGAGGAUCGCUCCCCAGUGCUUCGUCAAGUUCACGGAGACGGCGGAGAAAUGCGUGGCCGACCGCAGCGUCGACAGACCGUCCAUGGGCGACGUGCUCUGGAAUCUCGAGUUUGCGCUCCAGCUGCAGGAGAGCGACGAGGACACCAGCAGCCUCACGGACGGGAUGCUGUCGUCGUCGGGCGCGUCGCCUCUCGUGAUGACCAGACUGCAGUCCGACGAGCCGUCGACGGACGCAAGCACCACCACAACGUCCACGACCACGAUGAGCAUGACCGGACGGAGCAUCGCGAGCGUGGACUCGGAUGGGCUCACGCCGAGCACCGUUUUCUCGCAGCUCAUGCGUCCGGGUGGCAGAUGAAGUUGGACUCUCCGCAGAUUCAUGGUCAUGGACAACAUUCUUGGUCCACAUUCAUGUUGCAGGUGCCAGUAAUUAGUAAUUAGAGUGCGUAUAAUAUGAUACACGCCUUAUGACAAUUCAGGUACGGAGCCACUUAUUAGGACUCUGUAUGUAUAUUGUACCAUGUACCAGACAGACAUCAUCGUCAUAGAUGUCGCCGAGGCACUGGAGUUGCGGUUCUUACUACUGGUUGCUGGUUAAUCUGAAUUUUUUGAAUGCAAAGCCAAGAUAUCCCCUUUUCA